AUGUCAAGAACAACAACGGAUCAAACGCCGGGGUCGCCGAAGACUGCGACCACCACCACAGAGAGACUCGCCAAAGAGUGGCUCUCCGCCGGCGUCGGGUGCGCUUUAUCGGACACGGUGUUUAAUCCGUUGGAGGUUUUAAAAGUUCGAAGGCAAAUUCAAGCUUCUUCAAACACAUCAUCAACAACAACAACAACGUUUGGUUUAGCGCAAACGGCGAUCAAGGAAGCGGACGGAUCCGCGGUGAGAGGAUUGUGGCAACCUGGAUUACUCGCCACGUGGAUGCGAGGGUUGAGUUAUACCGGGUUUCGGAUCGGUUUGUAUCCAACCGUGAGAGAUUAUUACGCGGAGAAGUUGAAGAGGAGGAGCGUUGGUGUUAGGGGAAUGGACGGGACGAGCGAGGAGGAAGAGGAGAAUGGGACGAUGAGCGAAAGCGAAAAUUUUGCGCUGAAACUCUUAGCGGGCGCGACGACUGGUGCGAUAGGGUCGGCGGUGUUUAACCCGAUAGAUAUAGUGAGAAUUCGAAUGCAAUCGCAACCGUACAGAGCUCUUAGUUUGGGGAGCGCGGCGGCGGCGGCGACGGCGUCUUCCGCGGCGGCGCGACAGAAGACAUUUUACCCGUCCACAACUCGAGCGUUUUCAAUGAUUGCUCGAGAGGAAGGGGUGGUGAAAGGUCUGUGGAGAGGUGUAGGGGUGUGCGUAGCGCGCGCGAGUUUAUUGAGCGGGUCGCAGUUGGGGACGUACGACGCCGCGAAGCGGUAUUUGUUGCUCCACAGCGAAAGAGAAGAAGACGAUGAAAUCGAAAAGACAACGACGGCGCCGUCUCCAUUUCUGUUCAAGGAAGACGGCCCACCGUUACACUUCACCUGCGCGUUCAUCUCCGGCGUCGUCGCGCAAACCGUCACUCAACCCGUGGACACGUUGAAAACUUUAGCCAUGUCCUCGAAUUCGGGAGGAGGGAACAAAAAUUCGCUCUCCCUCGCCGCUAGCGUCAUCCGCGAGCGCGGAUUUUUCGCCUUGUACAACGGAUUCUGGCCCGCGGCUAUGCGACAAGGUCCGGUCAUGGUUUUGCAAAUGCCCAUCGUGGAACAGCUCAGACGGUUGUGCGGGUUGGACUAUUUCUAG